AUGGAGAAUUCUAAAGAAAACAAGUUUGUAUGCAACUUUUGCCACAAAAUCUUCACAUGUGGGAAGUCCUUGGGAGGUCAUAUAAGAAUUCACAAGAAUGAGAAAGCACCACGAGUUGCAGAGAAACAAAAGGAAAGAACAAGCAUCGUGAAGCUUCAAGUUCCAAUAGAGAGGAGGAGAAGCAAGAGAGAUUUAGAAUCUGAGGUUGCCAAUGGGAAUUCAGGCUACGGAUUGAGAGAGAACCCCAAAAUAACACGGAGGUUUGCUGAUUCGGUAUUCACUUCAAGGAAGGAGAAGUUUUGCAGAGAAUGUGGCGAAGGGUUUCAGUCCUCAGAAGCUUUGUGUUACCACUUGGAUUGUCACUCUGAAAACAAGAGGGAUAACAAAAGGCUUGAAUACGAUUACAGGAUCAUUCAUCAGAAACGGGAUCUUAUAGGAAAUCAAUCCGACGAAAGAGUACAAGAAGCGGCAAUGAGCUUAAUGAUGAUGUCUAAAGCUUUGAGAUUUUCAGGAUUGGAAGGUCUGAAUUCAGUUUCGGAAUCCUCUGAUAGCAAAUCAUCAUCUCGCCAUUUUAGAGAAAGUGACACAUCUACCUCCAACUCUAAUGGGAGAUUAGAAAUGAAGACACAUUCUGAAUACGGCGGCGAGAAUUCCAACUCUGGAAAUUUCAGAAAAGAACUCUGCAAGAAGGUUAAAUUGAAAGUGUCUAUUAAUGGACCUUUUAUGGAUGACGAAUAUAAGAUACCGGAUGUCAAAUUUGGAGUCAGGAUAGGAAGAUCAAGUGCAGAUAUUCUAAAGAAUUCGAUGAAGACUCAAAAGAGUUAUGAUAAAGUGCCUGCAGCUUCUUACAAGUACGAGCUAAGAAAGAGGUUGAGAAAUGAUUUAUAUAGCCCUGAUCUCUGGGAGGGUUCCAGCAGGAAGAUAAGUAAUGACUAUUCAAUCCAUAGCGGGAUAGUUCGUACACAACAUCACAGAGAAAGCCAAACAAGAAUGAGCAAUGGCUACGAGUGGACGCAUCAAUCAGGUGAAAACAGUGUAAAUAUCACUACCAAUUCCAUCUCCAUACCGGCUAGGGAGAUAAUCGAGUCAAGCAGUGGCAAAAACAAGAGUCAACAGGACACUUCUGGAAAUGAAGAGAAGAAAUUAGGGCCCAAAAGGAAACAUAAGUGCCCAAUUUGUUCCAAAGCUUUCAAAUCAGGCCAGGCUUUGGGUGGUCAUAAGAGGUCCCAUGUGGUCGGAAGUUUAGAAGAUGCAUCUAUUGUGACAAGGCAAGAGUCAAAUGGGGUCACUGGUCUAAUUGAUCUUAAUGUUCCUGCUCCUAUGGAAGAAGAGGAAAGUGGGAGAUGGGGUUAA